CACUGCCAGUUCUUUUUCUUUCUUUCUUUCUUUCCUUCCCUUUUUCUUUCACGCUCCCCAGCUCCUCCCACCCCCCUGGGCCCCUCCAAUCAGUGCCAGCCCCAUCCUUCUGUGAUAGGGCCCUCGGGGCUGUCAAUCAACUCCCUUUGCCGCCCCCUCCUUUUAAAAAAUAAUCCUUUCAUUCAAUUGAACUUGGACAAAGUUUUGUAAGAGGGGAAGAAAAAAAAAAGGAGGCGUGAAAUAGAUGGGAGACCAGGGCUUUUCAGAGUCUCUUAUCUGAUUGUGGAAACAGCGCUUAAGAGCCCUUGCCCCCGCGCCACUGCAGCUGAACCUUGGCACUUUAGGGCACCAACUUUACCCGGUUCGGCUCGCAGCGUGAGAAAGUUUUGCACACCACUGCUCCGACCGGGCGAAGGGGGAUCGGGUCGUUUUCAUCUCAGAUUCCACCACCAGUCCAGCCAACGUGGACCCAGCCUGCGAACUGUCCCUCUUCCUCGGGGCUCAAGGCUUCUCCAGUAUUUGGAGUGUGCGGGGGAGAAAGACUGAUAGUGAGCCCAGGAAUCAGAAGGGCUAAUAAACACACUACAGUGCCCCUGGUGGAGAUAGAGGGCAGGAUCUCAAUCACAAAGAUCCCACGGUGAUCACUGAAUGAAACAUUUAACAUUCCUAGAGAUGACUUCUGCCACUAAGGUGUAUUACAGCCAGACCACCCAGACCGACAGCCGCCCCCUCAUCGGCUCCGGCCUGCGCAAGCGACGCGUGAUGACCAAGGACGGCCGGAGCAACGUGCGGAUGGAGCACAUCGCUGACAAGCGGUUCCUCUAUCUCAAGGACCUGUGGACCACCUUCAUUGACAUGCAGUGGCGCUACAAGCUGUUGCUCUUCUCCGCCACCUUUGCCGGCACCUGGUUCAUCUUCGGGGUGAUCUGGUACCUGGUGGCCUUGUUGCAUGGGGACCUACUGGAGUUCGACCCCCCGGCCAACCACACCCCGUGUGUCAUGCAGGUACACACACUGACUGGAGCGUUCCUCUUCUCCCUGGAGUCCCAGACCACCAUUGGCUAUGGCUUCCGCUACAUUAGCGAGGAAUGCCCCUUGGCCAUUGUGCUGCUCAUCAGCCAGCUGGUUCUCACCACCAUCAUGGAGAUCUUCAUCACCGGCACUUUCCUGGCCAAGAUCGCCCGUCCCAAGAAGAGAGCGGAGACCAUCAAGUUCAGCCAGAACGCGGUGGUAGCCCAACACAACGGCAAGACCUGCCUGAUGAUCCGGGUGGCCAACAUGCGCAAGAGCCUGCUGAUUGGCUGCCAGGUGACCGGCAAGCUGCUCAACACCUACCUCACCAAGGAAGGGGACUGCGUCCGGCUCAACCAGGUCAACGUGGACUUCCAGGUGGACACGUCUUCCGACAGCCCCUUCCUCAUCCUACCCCUCACCUUCUACCAUGUGGUGGACGACUCCAGUCCCUUGCGGGACACAGCCCUGCGCACGGGCGAAGGAGACUUCGAGCUGGUGGUGAUCCUCAGUGGCACGGUGGAGUCAACCAGUGCCACCUGCCAGGUGCGCACCUCGUACCUGCCUGAGGAGAUCCUGUGGGGCUAUGAGUUCAGCCCGGUCAUCUCCCUCUCGGCCAGCGGCAAGUACGUGGCCGACUUCAGCCUGUUUGACCAGGUGGUCAAGGUGUCGCCCCUGUGCUGCGUCCACGAAACGGUGCGGUUCGGGGACCCUGAGAAGCUGAAGCUGGAGGAGACCUUGCGAGAGAAAUCAGAGCGGGGGGGCAGCCCCCUGAGCGUCCGCAUCAGCAACGUCUGAUCCUGCCUACCCCACACUGAGCUCCAAGGAGAAUCACUUCAGCCUUUCUUUUUAGCUGGUUGUUUCCCCUGGUCUCUUUUUUCUUUCUUUCUUUCUUUGCCUCUCCUUCCUUCUUUCAUUCAUUUUUCCCCCCUUUCCUUUCCUUCCAUGUCUCACGGGGCAACUCCAGUACUCCACUCUUUUUAGGAAUGCACCGGAGGAUGGCAGCUUUAGUUCCCCCAAAAGUGCCACUCCUGCCCUCACUAGGUCCGGAGCCCCUGGGCCCAAGGGAGCAGCUGGGUUGCAACUCUUCCUUCCCCCGUGCCAAAGCAUUUUCCAAUCCCUCCUUUUCAGUACCGUGGUGAUGGCAACAUGACUGGGAGCACCAGGGCCUCCUGGGGGACAGCUGGUCACCAGCCAGGAGGACUGCAUCCUCCCACCACAGAACACAGAUUCUGUAGGGUGUGGGGGGGUAACUCUGCCUUCGAACUGACCCCGUCCUCGCCACGCAGACUCAAGCCUAAUGCCCAGCUAACCUGCCAGAAAAAGACAGAGACGGUGCCAGGUGGCCCCAAAAGAAGCUGGCACCUCCCUCCCCUGCCCAGGACCUAGGAACAUAGCAAUGGCCACACUGGAUCCAACCAAGGACCCAUCUAGCCCAGGAGCCUGUCUCCUACAGGCCAGCACCAGCGUCCUCAGAGGCUGAAACUCUGUAUCAAUGGAAUAAGCUGUCCGUGGGGAAGUUUCCUCCUGACCUCCACUGGCCCUGAAGCAGAUGGGUGGAUAGCCCCUUCCAAAGCUCUUGGUUGUUUUCUUAGCUCCUUAGUCUUCCAACUCUGGAUCUUCUUGUUACACAGAAAAAAGGCCCAGUCCUUUUGCAAAAACUGCUAAGCUCCUGGCCUCUAUGACCCUUGUGGCAGUGAGUUCCACCAGCUCCCUGUGGGGGAAAAAACGUUUCUGUUUAAAUUUGCUGUGGGGAGAUUGGGGGUAGGAUUUUGCCAACAGAAACAAUUGAUCUCUGAGACCCCUCCCCCCAAACUGUCUCCAUGGGAAUGAAGAGAGGGCAGCAUGAGGCUUUGAAAAGAGAAAUGGUUCCAGCUCAAAACACCUUCUGCUGUCCACGGGCCUUCAUGUGGUCCAGGGUGCUGGUCUAUUUUCCUGGGAUGUUGUGCACACAGUAUAGGGUCAUGACAGGAGAUUAAUCCCCUUUGCUUGCUUCUCAGCACCAGGGAUAGCUGGACCCAGGGCUGGCAGAGCCACACACAGACCUCAGAGCCAGCAAUUAGAGAGAAUGCACACUAGGUCUGUGUCCCUGCUGUCAGGCAGCGCCAGCAUCCAGUGCUCAUCACCCCGGGUUCCUUGCUCAGACCUCUCUGGGGAUUUUCAUCGCACCUGAGGGAAGUUGCACUUCAACCAGAACCAGGCGCAGUUUUUGCAUCAUCAGCUUGUCCACUCAAUGGUUAUAACACUGUCAGAAAUCUGGCUUGGAUUUCACUGCUGUUAUCACCAUGCUGCAGGCUUGGGAACGCCCGGCGAUAGUCGCUCCCGGCCACUGCUGCCUGCGCUCAAGGAGAAUCCUCAUCAACUCUUAGCAAUACAGGGUCUAUGAUGGGUGCUGAUUCCAUCCAGAAGAGAGCAGCGGAGACAGACACACCAGCCAGUAUGAAUCCCCUGCAUUGAAGCUGGAAACCAGCAAUACCGCAGUGAAGUUAAAAUGAAGGUGGACACUUACCUCUUCUUUGUACCCGAGCCCCAGGUACAGGCAUGCAGCUUAGACCCAGCCUUACCUCCACUGUCCCAAAUAGACCUGCUGUUUUCUCGUUCUUUAUUACUGUAAAUUACUGACAUCAGAAAUGCUGAAUCCAGAAGCUGAGGCUAUGGGAAACUUGAUCGGUGUUAAUGAAAUGUUUGAUCCCACUUCAUCCUAGGCUCUCUGAUCUGCCAGCUAUCGCAUCCGAGCUUUGUCACACAUUUCAAGGAUCAAUGGUUCACAGCCGGGUCUUGGAAGUCUGGGAACUGAGCGGGGACAUUAUACACUGAUCUGCAGUACUGUGUCUGUGUUUAGGGUGCCAUUUGAAAUUGAUUUUGUUCCUGCCACAUGGUCCCCGUAACAGUUUGCUCAUGGGUCAGUUUCUUUCAUUUAAGGGUUUUGGAGGGGUUUUUUAUGAUAGUUUUAAAAAGAAAAAAAAUUAAUCAAAUAUACACUGACAAACAUACACAGUGGAGAAGCUCUAGAUUGAACAGAAUAGAUCUUCUAACUUUUUAAAAGGCAGAGGACUAUUCAGGGAACUAGGUGUUGGCUGAUUUGUUCUCUGCUAUGUGAAAACGAAGUGAAACAAUGUUUAAUUCUCUGUCUCCCUAGAGUCAUGGUAUCGUGUAAAAAUGCCGACAGACUAGUUUAGUUUAUUAACUGGAGUGAUGGUAAUAGCUUCCACAGAGGGUUCUUUUUAAUGAGUUAAGAGUUUGGUUUUUUUUAAAAACAGAAAAACAAAGCUUAAUAUUUAUACAGCAGCCAGUAACAGUUCAGAGCUAUUUUGACAUUGCUUUUAACAUGGCACACAUUGUGCAUUACAAAAUCCCUAGUGAAUAACUGCUACAGAGGCACUUUCCAAAGCUGAAUAUCAGAGUUGUUCUGCUAUUUCCCUUUGCAAAAUACCAGCAACGAUUUGAUCACAUGAUGGAAAUGUCCCACAGAAAACACCACAGUCUGAUAGAUUAUCCCUGCUAUGAUCUCUGGGUUGGUUCAAAAAACCCACAGGCAGGCUCAGAUUAUUUUAGGGUGACCAGGUGUCCCGAUUUUAUAGGGACAGUCCCAAUUUUUAGGUCUUUUUCUUAUAUAGGCUCCUAUUACCCCCCACCUCCUGUCCCGAUUUUUCACAUUUGCUGUCUGGUCACCCUAGAUUAUCCAUUAAAUUCUCUCUCCCCCUGUUCUGUUUCUAGAGCUCAGUGUUGGUUUCAUCCCUACAAAACCAUACAGAAUUUUUCCCAUCAGGGAUAUUAAAGUACAAUUAUUAUGCCCUGAACUAGCUACCAGUCAGUUUCAGCGCUGAUAUUCCCUGAAUGCAGAAAAAAAUUGUUUGUUUGUUUAUAACCAUGUAACUUAUGAAUGUCAGUUUCACAUCCAUUCCUAUCCCUUUAGACAAUGAGGAUAAUUACAACAUGCCUGAGAUAUUGCUAGAUAUUGGUCUAGGGGACCAGAGAGAGCAUCUCCUGAUGGAGAAGGGAGGGGGCUGGAUUAAGGCUACGACUUUGCCGUGCAAAUUUUUAGUUAAUUCCAUGGUGGAGAUGGCGGGGGGAAACCCAUAGUCACGGCUUGGUUGCGGGGGCGUUGAGAACGAGCCUGGCCCGCAUUCACUCCGGAACAGCAGCUCCUGUCCCUGGGGGCGAGGGCUGACUCCCCAUUCCGGGCAGUCGCAGCGCUACUCAGGUUUGGUGCAUCCACCUCUCCACAGAGGCGGACACACCAUACUAUAGUGGCGGAACGACCGUGUGGUCCACGUCGCAAUACCCAGAGCGGGGAGGGAGGCCUGCAGAAGCUGCCCCUGCAGGGGUCACGGACCUUAUUCAAAUUCACACCUACCAGGAACACCGUGAUGACUUUAAAGGGAGAUUCUUUUUGGAGGAUGCAGGACACAGAGAGACCCAAUGGUUCUCUCUGGCUCCUCAGCUCUCAGCCUAUGUCAGGGUCUCUCUGAAUUCUGGCCUGGGCUCUUCAGUCCUGGAAGGGAAUGCUGGCUAGAUACAGGCGUGCGCACCACGUGCAUCCUCCUGCUGCAAUAUUAGCUCGCCCUGUAGCAUCCCAGCAGAGCUGUGGUUACAGAUGCUGGUAAAUGAUGUCCAGCCUCAGUCCAGCACAAAGAGCUUUUAUUAUUAGCAUUACGUUAGCAUCUAUAGGCCCCAUCUGCUACGUGCUGUACGUACCCAUAGUGAGAGACAGUCCCUGCCCCAAGAGCCAGCAAUUUACAUAGACAAAGAGAGGAAAAAUGACAGGGUCAAGGUCAUACGUCACGCCAGUGGCAGAGCCAGGGAUAGACGUCAGGUCUCCUGCAGCCUAGGCUGGUGCCUUUCCCACUUUAAAUAUCACUGGACACGCUCCCCGUCCGCGGUGCUGCCUUCCAGCAGGCCUGCGCCUGCCCCUGCUUCGGGAGGCGGGAGCUUUGCCCUACGCCGCAGUGGGCAGCCCAGAGUUCAGGCACAUUCUACACACAAUGAACUGCUCUGAAGACAGCUCCAUGGGCUCCUAUGUAGUGGAGCCGGCGCCCCACCUGGGAGCAAAGAUUUCUAUUGUAAUCAGCAAUCCGGCCUUCAUUGUGAUUGGCAAUCAGCUUCCUUUUCCAGCUUCAUCCCACUACGCAGGGGGCCCCUCCAGGCUCGAUUCCGCCUUCACCUGGGUUCUUUCCCAGCACUGUAGCCUUGAUGUAAACCUAGCUGCUUCCCUUCAUUUUCCCAUCAGGACUGAUGAAAAAGGUCAUUAAUGGCCUGUCUCUCCCCUGCAGUAGGAGACAGGGCACUGCCAUCAGGCCAGCUGGCAUCUGAGCGCUUUCUUUCAACCAACGGCCCAAAGAGCUCCGCCAGUUUUCCAGAACAAUUACAAACCGAGAUCAUUUCACUCACCGUGAAAUGCAGCCACCUCUGGGCCGGCACUCGGCAGCCGUUUAACAGCGGCAUGGCCACGCUGCCCAGCAGUUUAAGGCAGGAAGUGAAGAAGGAUUUUUUAUCCAGUUAUGGCGGGGGAAUUUAGGAUGGCCAAAUGUCAUUACCCAAGGUGGGAUCUGGCCAAAAUUCUGAGGCUGAUGCACCUAUUAGUACAACACGUGCCAUGGGAUUUUAAAUUAUUAUUCUGUACUGUGGUAGACAUGGACCAGGACCCCAUCGAGCUAAGCACUGUUCAAACACGGAACAAAGAGAUGAUCUCUGCCCCAAGGAGCUGACAGUCUACGCAAAUGACUACACGUGAUUGGGACCUCGCUGCUAUCUCUCGACUGCCAAAUCAACCACUGGGUCAGGCUCUCAGGUGCUGUAAAGCAGGUGUAGCGCCAUCCAGGUAGAGCCAAGCCAGUCUGCACCAGCUGCGUGUCUGGCCCACUGUCUGUCGGGGGAUGAAAAUAGAAUUGUUUGGAAAAGAAACAGAGAGCAUCACAAAUUCAUCAUCGGGUCUGAAGUUAGGCUGUGAUUAAGCUCCAACCUCCUCUCCCCACCUCCAACUUUUUCCUGAGUUAGAAUCUGAAGUCUCUUUACUUUGUGGUGCUGAAACUUUGGUUGCUGGCUGGGAGGAGAAUCUCUGGAUCACUUCAUUUAGAAUGUUAGAGCUUCCUGGAUUCUAGAAUCUGGAGCCUUGUAGCACUUCCUGGGUUCUACAAUUCCGAGUCUUGCAGAAUUUUAAGGGUUACGUUCCAUUUAGGAGAAAGAAAAAGAGAAUUUUUGUGAAAGCUCUUUCAUGCUUAAAGAAUUUCCAUGGAAUUUUUUAAUAGGUUGACAGUUACAUUUAACAACUAUAAAAAAUUCCUGUGGAGAAAUAGUCCCCUGGGUAAGAAAGACAAUGUCAUGGGGUGGGGGAGAGAACAGGCAGAGACAGUGCAAAAGUAGAAGAGGGAAGAGGUGUUUGAGAAAGAACAUUAUAAAACCUUGAUGAUUUUUAGAAAAGUUCUAGACUUUUCCCAUUGCCCCAAACGUGUCUGUAUUCUCUCUCCUAUCUCUGAGUCCUGGCUGCUGUGUGCCCCUGCCCUCUACUUGAGAGAGUCAGAACAGGCCUUUUCUACUUCACAAACCAGGUCACAUCGAGCGGCAUAAAAUCGAGGCCUUGACUUCGUGUGGUCAUUAAAACAAUGGCUUACCCUUCUCUAGCAGCUUUCUUCCAAGGAUUUCAAACAUUCUAUAACGAAGUCUGACAACUGUCCUGCGAGGCAGGCAAGGGAAAAUGUCACCAACCACUGAAAUGCAGCCACCUCUGGAGUGGAACGCGGCAGCUAGUCAACAAUGCACAACAGCACCGUAUAACAGCUUCGCAUAUAAAGUAAAGAAGACUACUGUAACUUACGGACAUGAUACGGGGGUAUGACCAGAGUUCAGGUUUGAUCAGGAUACCAGAGGUACUCUUAGGAAGAGCACCAUGAGAUUUCUCAUGACAAGACGAGGUCAGGAGAACAUCAGUUUCACCUGUACAGGCUGGCGCACACUCCAACACCUCCAGCCACACAGUACCUCUAGCCCCACGCUGGGGCCUUCAUGCCAUGCACAUGCCACAUAACUGCAAAUGCCACUCCAGUGAGCUAUGUGCAGCUCUCCCUCCUGAGUAGGAUGUAGGAUCGACCUGGCAUCUUCAACACCAAAGGCACAGCCGCACCCUAGUCAGUUAAAGGCGUCACUGCCUUAAGCGCUAGUAUGAGCAGACUCAGUUUAUAUUUAUAUGGACCAGUCAUGGGAGGGGAACAUGACACACUUAGCCAGAGGGCUAGAUCCAGGCCAAACCAGCUGUAGCCCUGGGCCUGAUUUUCAGUCGUGUUAAGUCCUCUUCACACUGGGCGGGGGGGGGGAGGGGGGGGGCUAAAAGUGGGUGCAUGCGUAAUCUGCAGCCCCUCUGUGCAGAGGUGCCAGAUAGCAUAACUGAGCGAAUCCAGCCCAGGUAAAUUACACGAGGCUAUAACAAACAGACAGGACCGGACUCCCCAUUGCCCAGCCUCUCACACAGUCACUUACCCCUGGGCAAAGUGGGUGUGGCACCACCCAAUCAGAAAUAAGAGCAUUUUAUGCCCACUUUGGCACAUUGGAGAAUCUAGCCCAUAGGUGCCAUACGAAGAUACAUUUACGCCCCCUUCCCCCGGCCCAUAACUCCCCAAAGUGUCUUUCUGGUAUAAAUGUUUGAGGAGUCCGAUUACAAAAACUCCAGACUAGCCUUGUCAGGGGAACCUGGGUCUCACAUGGUCAGAUCCUACCGAAUUUCCUAUCUCCCAUAACCCCCCUUUGAGAGACCCAAUUGCCCUGCCCCUGGCAUGGCCUUGGCAUUCUAGGGCUUGUGCCAACAAGUGACGCCGACAGCUCCUUUAAAGGUGGAGCCAUUGGAUUUAGGCUUCACAUCUGGACGUUUGCAGCAUUGAUAUUUUAAAGAUGUAUUAGAGGCGGAGAUGAAGGACCCACUGUGGAGAGGUAGAGAAGACAGCAAGAGUUCCCAACUCUGCCAGCGUUGCCAACGUGUGUGAUUUUAUGGUGAUUCUCAUGAUAGCUGGUGCUUUUCUUAAUGCCCCAGCUCCCGGAGUCCUGGGAUAAUAUAGGCAUCUCAGCUUUUGUAUUGUUUUGUUUUAGAGGAAAUUUUCUAGCCCUUGUGGGUGGAGGUCAAAGUAGCCCAAAUGCAUCCCUAGAGGCUCAGUGGCCAGAAGGACACAACUUUUAUUGAUUUCUUUAAAGUCAAUGUCAUGAGUUGUAAGCCAGCUUCAUGAUUUUAGGGACCUGCCCUCAUGAUUCCUGAAUGCUCAGGGCUGGCAAUGCUGUAUCCCUCCUUGUUCUGAAUGGGCAACACUGGCUCAGAUGCACCCUUAGGGGCUAAGUCUCACUUACGCUGAUGCCCCUUUGCACCCACUCUGGCUGCCGAAAAGAGUCUGAAAGUGGCUGUAACUGCAAGUUGCACUUUCCCCUGCCAGGGCAGGGUGAGGGAGAAUCCAGGCCCCUGUGUCUGUGAUGCUCAUAGCUGCCUCCUGAGCUGAGCUCCUGUCUGGCUUUGUCACAGAUGUUGAGUUGCUCCGAGGGCUUCUUCUUUUCAAGCUCUCCUCACGUGGAACAAAAGGGAAGGAAACAAUCAAGCCCACGUGAUGCUCAAACCGAGGUCUCUCGCUGUCUGGAAUCGCAGCGUGAAGAGAGGCAGUUUGCUAAGCCUCGAAUGAGACCGACCUUCCUGGUUCUUAGAACUGUUUGCAAAAGGCCACUCCACUCUGCAUGCUUUUUGCAGCGCUGUUUGCUUCUAAAAGAAAAGCAAGGUUACCCGCCCAGCAGUGACGAGCAACCCUACAAUAAAUGGAAAUAUACUUAUCUCAUAGAGCUGGAAGGGACCUUGAAAGGUCAUCAAGUCCAGCCCCCUGCCUUCACUAGCAGGACCAAGUACCAUCCCUGACAGAUUUUUGCCCAGACCCCUAAGUGGCCCCCUCAAGGAUUAAACUCACAAUCCUGGGCUUAGCAGGCAAAUGUUUAAGCCACUGAGCUAUCCCUCCCAGUCCAUUGUAUGCACCCCGGCACUCACAAGCAAACCACAGCGAGCAGCCCCACAUUCACAAGCAACCCUAUGAAAAUAAGCCACCAGGUGCAGCCCAACGCAUCAGCAACCCUACAAUAACAACAAGCCGCUGCCUGCAGCCCAGCACCAGCAAGAAUCCAGAGGAUGUUCCACCCCAUAGGAUGAGAACUGGCAUGGGACAGUCCCUGGAUGUUCAGAGGUGGAUAGUGUCCUUUAACCUGCUCUGGUGUGCUUGGGUCCGCAGCUCCCAUCCAUCGAUCAGGCACUCCUUUGGAAAGAGGGAAGCAGGAGUAUCCGAUAGUCUCCUGAUCCACGUGACUCCUGGGGACACUACUCUCAUUUCCACAGACUAAGGAAAUGUCUCAGAGCCCCCCAUGUCCUCAGGACCCCAUGCUGGCCUGGAUCUGCUGAAGGAGGGGGAUGGAGCAGAACGGUGUCUCCGUCACUUGGAAUCGGAUCAGACUGGAGCCACUGCUGUUCUGCCAGGCAAGGGUCCAGCCCACGGGACAGGGGGCUGGGAUAGUGUUCUGCUGCGUCUGCAACCAUGGAUGUCUCGCCACAAGUACUGUGUGUCUGCCAUCGUCCUGCUAAUCCCAACAGCCUCGCCACAGUGCAGGGAGAAAAUCCGUGUGUAGGGACGUAACGUAUGGGAACAAGCCUGGCACUCUGACCAACAGCACACCAUCUCCCAGUGUACUCACGUGUGCAUGCACACGCUCACAUGCAGUCACGGAUGUUCAGAUGCUUCCAAAAACAGGGGGCUUCUUAGCUUUGUUUAAACUGCUAUCAAAUAAACAAAAGGGAAUUAAAUAAUCCCAUCUGCUCCUACGCAAAAUGGAGAGCAUCGGCACAGGCAGCCACACUCACACACACACACUGACACAUAUACACGCAUGCACACACCCAUAUACAUGCAUUCACAUAGAUAUAUGUAUGCAAAUGCAUGCAUAUCCACACACAGAGAAACUACACUGGUUUCUUACAGGAACAGGGAUUGAGGAGACAAUGUAAGGAGUGAAAAAGAGAGAGGUAAUAAGAUGCUUUACAAUGACACAGAAACACCACACACACACACACACACACACACACUAUAUAUAUAGUGUUUCUGUGUUAUGGUAAAACACCAUCAAAUGCAGGAAUGGUGCUGUAUUCAUUAUGAUUAACAGCACGUAUUAAUCUAGCAUACAAUACUUCUAUAGAGAUAUAGCACCUCUCUUUGUAUAUAUACUAAGGUGUAUCUAGGCAGAUUUUAUAAUGUUACAUAUCUCUGUAUAAAUAUUGUGUUCUUUAUUAAUAUAUACAUUAUAUAUAAGAGAGGGAGAGAGACUGUAUAUAUCUAGACCCAUAGAUAAUGCUUCUGCCUCACUAGUGCAUAUUAGAGCUGUGUAAAAGUACUGCAAUGAGGCUUUGGGUUUUGUUCAGACACCCCAGGACUCAGCCCUGGUUCACAAACUGGGGCCAAAUUUCAAGCUCGCCUGGGGUUUGUGGUGGAAGCCACUUUGGUGUCGAGUUUGGGAGUUUCCAAGCACACGACGCCAGAGGAAGCAUGUGGAGAAGAUGUUCUUGAGAAGCCCAGGAGACCCCACAUUUUGGUGCUUCCCAUAGCUCCGCUGCACAUAUUUCUUGAGCCUCCGUAGACACAGACACAUGCUGUCUGUAUAUUGGAGGUGCCUAGGUGGCGGAGUUGAGUGAUACAAUCAGACGCUGUUGCCCUGUUAUCUAUUUAGCCCAAGCCUAUCUAGGUAACCCUUCCACCUGGAAUCAGCCCCCUCUGAGAUUCUGAAGGGUUAGAGGUCAAUGGUUUCUACCUUUCUGAUGCCUUAGAAGCCAAUCCCACUUGAAGAUAGAUGGGUGCAAGCUUGAUGGAGCCCAUGUGCUAAGUGGCCAAUGAUACUGGUGAUUGCUAAGGCAGAACGGGGGUCAGGAAGUAGUUUUCAGCUCCCUCUCGGAGCCACAUUGUUGUAGAACUGGGCUGGUUUCUUGCAGAAACAGUGUCCAAAGUGAUGUAAUGUAAAGAUAGAAAGAUGGAGAACAUCUCUGCUCUCCAUAUAAAAUAUCUAUUGAAAUAUAUAAAUCUCUAUAAAUGAAAUAUAUAUAUAUAUCUUUAUUUUAUUAGGGAGAACUACUGAGCACUUUGUUGUUGGAGGGUUGAGAAGUGGGCACAAGACUCCAUCAAGGUCAAGGGACAAAUUCGGGCGAGCCAGGGCGAAAAUUUUGAAAUUUCAAUGAGAAAUGUUAUCCAAAUUUGAAACAGGCACAAAAAACCUGUUGAAAUGUUGGCAAAAACAUUCACUGAAAUGCUGACAACAUUUUGUUGAACUAUGAACUCUUGAUGAAAAACAUUGUUGCAGUGUAGAUGGAAAUGUUCAUUGAUAUCUGAAAUGUUGCCAAAAAAACCAUUAAAAUUUCAAAAUUUUGAUAAAAAUGCUGACUUUUCAAUGGAGAUUUUAAUUGAAAUCUGGAAUUUUGACAGAAAUAACUGUUGAAAUUUUGAUUAAAAAGUCAUUGAAAUGUUGAUGGAGAUUUUCAUUGAAAUAUGAAAUGUUGACAAAAAUUGCCAUCAGAAGUUGAAAUGUUGACAAAAGUCUUUGUUGCCAUUUGAAACGUUGACCAAAGAACACAGGAAAAAAUGCAACCCUUUCACAACAUUUUUCACUUGUUCUCAGACCAACUCGAGAGCUAGGAGGCAGCUCAUAACAAAAUGUGAGAGGGGAAAACUACUACUGUUACAAAGAGAGAACAGUAACCCCAGAUCUGAGCAAAAUGAGAGAGUAAGAAAUCUGCACCUAGGUGAGAAUUUUACAUUGAGAAUGUCUAAUGGACAUGCAAUCUGGGGCCUGAGAUACAGAUCUGAGCAUGGAUUUAUCUCACUUUACAAACAUUUCCCCCACUUUUGAGCUGGCUUGAAUUCGGGGUGAAGUGUCACUCGUCCCUUGAUAAACCCAUCUGCACAGCCACUGAUGGAAGCUGCGUUAUGAAUGGCACAGAGCACGUUCCUUUGAGGAGGUGAAAGAAAGAGGGGGACUUUGCCAUUUAAGUUCUAUAUGAUAAUCAAACAUAAAACCUUGAGACACUGCUAACUUUUUCUAUCACUAUUCUCAGCUGUCGGUAGCCCCUCGGAGUCAGGGUGAGCUGUGAU